AGAGUUAUGGCAUUCGUACAAAAAGCUGUCGCACGUCUUUACGAACCCGAUAAACUGGAAACUCUAUUAAGAGACUUGGGCAAGAAGCACUAUCAUUAUGGCGCCAAACAAAAAUACGUAGACUUGAUCGGACCUCAAUUCAUUAUGGCCAUACAGCCGUCGCUAGUCGACCGAUGGACUGAGGAGAUGCACUCGGCGUGGACAGCAUUGUUUUUGAACAUGGCGUACAUUAUGAAAGGUUCAAUGGCGGCCGAAGAAAGGUUCAAAGUAAAGAAAACUGCCACUUAAACGACCAGUCCCUAUUUGUACACACCAAUGAUUAUUAUUUUUAUUUUGUGAAUUAAUGUUUUUGUUCUAUUUUUAUUUUAUAACGAUACAACGUUUAUCUAUUCAAUACUAUUGAACUUAGACAAAAUUAUUAUAAUUAUUCGCAACGUAAGUUUCGUUAGACAUUACAUUAUAUUAAUAUUAUAUUAUAGAAAUCGCACGAUAUUUUCUUCAUUAAAGUCAAAUCUUAUACAUAACAUCGACAUUGUUUGUACAGCAAAUAAUAGUUAUAUUAAAAUAUACAUAAUAGUUAUGAUAAUAAUAUUGUAAUGAUGUAGGUAUUAUUGCAUUAAUGUGAACGGUUAUAACCAUGUUAUUAUACUGCUUGGACUUAAAAUAAAAACAACAUGAUACGAAUGGAGUUUAAAUAC